AUGUCCGGUAUCGAGGUGGUGGGCGUGGUCCUUGGUACCAUACCGCUGCUCAUAUCCGCCCUGGAACAUUAUCGACACGGCGCCUCAGCGAUACGGAUUUGGCGGAGGUAUGACAGAGAACUCAAAAGCCUAAUAACCGACCUAGAGAACGAAAGGAUCAGGCUUCAAGAUGUGAGUGAGAAGCUUCUCACUGGCAUCGUUCCGGACUCCAAGGUCGAUGACAUGGUCAAUGACCCAUUUGGCCCCGCGUGGCAUGAGGAUGCCGUUCGUAAGAUGAUCGAAGCUAGGCUCUGGAACUUGAGACCCUAUCAGAUCUUGCUAGAGAAAGUUGGAGAAAUCAAGUUGGCUAUCGAAGAUAUAGCAAAGUUAAUCGAUCUGCCGCUAAAUGAAGAGCAUCCAUCAUCGAACGGCGCACCUUUGGCUACAGCACUGAAACGCAUCAUGUUCGCUAUCGGGAAGUCCACGUACACGGGAUUAAUGACGAUCAUAAAGAACAAUAUCACCGAUAUUGAGUCGCUGAUUGAUCGAAGUAUCGAAAUGGCCCCUAAGAGAGAAUCACGAGCGCGAGGCAGGACAAUGCAGUUAGUUCACGAACUAGCAGAAAGCCUUCACCAAGCGCUAUUAUCCAGUUUUCCAGGCAAUUGCUCGCAUGAGGUAUACAUGCAAGUUAUGCCGCAAACGCUAGGGAGAGUAGCUCGCCGGAGUGACGAGGAGAUUCUGCAGAAUAUUGAUGUUUAUAUGUCCAUGAACUUCGGCAUUGCUGACCAGGCUGGCGGCUUUCAUCAAGGAUCUAUGUGGGAAGAGAUCGUCAUUCGCUACCAUCAACUCAAAAAGCCCAGACGCUCAGUCGACACCAACAAACCAGUGGGUAAUGACGUCCUUCAGGCCGCCCCGGACUCUGAUUCGAAGGUCACUAUCGCUGCUCCAAACCCGAUAGUCAACCUUUGCGAAGAAAUACACAAGCGACAUAUCCAAGGCGGGACCGGCUCUUAUGGAGAAAUCACAGACAAGACUUCGGAAAAGCCCAGAGAAUAUCGUGUCUACCCUGGCAAAUGCCUGCCCGGUCGUGAUGCUUGGAGUGCUGUAGCUCUGCGGGAGGUUCUCGAGGACCCGAGCAAGUAUUCCGGUUUACACGGGCAAUACGUGGCAAAGAGGAAAUUGGCUGCCUCUGUUUCUGUCGGCUUCCUACAACUACAUCAGACGCACUGGCUACCGGAUAUGAUUACAAGUCAAGAUGUCUUAUUCUUGAAGAAGGACUCUAUACUUCGCUAUAGCGACACCUUUGUCAUGGCCACCCUACCAAGUCUAGACGGAAGAUUAGGGAAACAAGCGGCCCCCUUAUUCGGUUGUCGGAACCCAGCUUUAGUUUCGCUCGGUAUCCUCCUCGCAGAACUUGGGUGCGGGAAGACCAUGGAGUCGAUGCGAAAUACCGACGAAAAGGCAAUGCUCGGCGUGUCACGGCUGCUAUGCGAUAGACUGACGGCGCAUCGAGUAUUAUGCCACGAGCUUGGAGGUACAACUUACGCCAACGCGGUCAGAUGCUGUAUUGAGGAAGAGUUCAUCAGAGAACACCUGGACUUGACUGAUCAGGAUUUCAGGCAAGAAGUGUAUGAACGAGUUGUGAGGCCGAUAGAGGACGAGCAUACCGCAUAUAUGUAA